AGCGAGGAGAUCCACGCACGAGACAUGUACUUGCUGCUGGACGUCGUCAUCAACAAUAUGGCUUAUAUGACGGAUGGCGAGGAUCCUGCGACAACUAUUGACUACAAUGUGUUUCCUCAAUUCAAUGGAUCCUCAUACUUCCACCCCUACUGCCUCAUUACGAACUGGAAUAACUAUACGGAUGCACAGUGGUGUCAGACUGGUGACAACUACACCGCACUCCCGGAUCUCUACACGGAGCAUACUGCGGUGCAGGACAUCUUAAUGGAUUGGAGUAAAUCGGUUAUUAGCAAUUACUCCGUUGACGGGCUACGAAUAGACGCUGCCAAGUCCCUCACUCCCAGCUUUCUGCCUACAUAUGCGGAAACCGUGGGCGGAUUCAUGACAGGCGAAGUCAUGGAUUCGAAUGCCACCAACGUGUGCAAGUAUCAGAGAGAUUACCUGCCAAGUCUUCCCAACUACCCCCUCUAUUACUCCAUGAUCACGGCCUUCUUGAACGGAGAGCCUGCGACCUUGCUCGAGGAAAUCGCAACGAUCAACGAUCUCUGCACGGACACGUUCGCAAUGGUCAAUUUCAUCGAAGAUCAAGACGUGGACCGAUGGGCCUACAUGAAUGACGACAUCAUGCUAGCCAAAACCGCACUGACUUUCAUGAUGCUCUACGACGGCAUUCCCCUGGUCUACCAAGGUCUGGAGCAGGCCAUUGCCUAUUCCAACCGAGCGGCCCUCUGGUUGACCGAUUUCGACACCAAUGCGACGCUGUAUAAACACAUUGCGAAACUCAAUGCCAUCCGCAAACAUGCCAUUAACCUUGAUUCCAGUUACAUCAACUCAAAAACAUACCCAAUUUACCAGGGAGGUAGCGAGUUGGCUUUCUGGAAGGGCACAUACGGACGCCAAGUCAUCAUGGUCUUAUCUACGGCGGGCUCCAAUGGUUCGGCUUAUACUUUGACGCUGCCUAUGAGCUAUGGGGCUAGCGAGGUGGUCACGGAAGUGCUGAACUGCGUCAACUAUACGGUCAACACCUACAGCCAAUUGGUCGUGGACAUGGACAAGGGCGAGCCUCGAGUCUUCUUUCCCGCUGCAAUGAUGCCGGGAAGUGGACUGUGUGGCUACAAUACCUCCAAUGUAACGUAUUCUGAGCUGAGGCUUGCUGCUGUGGGUUCUUCGUCGUCUGGUGGAAGCCACUCUGUCAUACCGUCUGCUUCUGCUUCGCUUUUCAUGGCGCUGGUGGCUUUUUUGGCAUUCCGGAUAUAAGUUAUGUCUUUUCUACUCAGUUUGAUACCAGCAAAUUACAUAAUGCC